AUGUCCAACGCACAUAGUACACAACAUCCCAAGUUGGCAGUGGAUACAACCACAGCUAUAGACCAACUGCAGCUUUCACCCUCAUCAACCAAAACAAAGGGGAAAAACGUCUUACAUUCGCCCAUCCCCAAAAAACCCGCCAUGACUGACCAAUUGAAACUGAAUUUAGAAUCUACCCCAAAACCCCUAACCUCAAACCAUUCCAAUACGAAACGUGACAAGUUGCCAUCGUUAGUUGUCAAGCAAGAUCCAAAUUUAAAAUCAUGUCUUUCUCAACCAUCUGAAUCUACAACCCUGGUGCAUCUACAACAGAAGCCGUUUCCGCCUUCUCUGCUGCAACCACAGGAACCUGCACAACCAAGAACUGGAUCUUCUGAUAUGCAACCACAACGCCGACAAUCUAACCCGCCAAUAUUACACCACACCCUUGAUGCUGACCACCAUCUAGAAAACCAACAUCCGCAAUUCGUAACUACAGACAGUGUUAGUCCGACAAUGCAUGGGUUACUAAAUAGUCAACUGAGACUAGUUACAUCACCCAUAAAUCUUGAGCAAGUUGGCGGUGGUGUGACCCCAGUGACUGUGGUGCAGGCACCUAGUCAACCGGGAAGUGUUUCUUCCAGUGCCAUUUCUAAAUCAGCAUCACCGAUACAACAACAGAAUAACUUUCCUUCUCGAGUUAACUCAUUACGAUAUAAUGAUAACGACAAGAAGUAUAUUGAUUUUGUCCGUCAUUCUGCUAACAAUAAUUCAAUAUCUUCCACUAGUGUCAAUAAUGUAGCGACAACCGAAGAAAAGGGUGUCAGUCCCAUACAACAUCCUAUUACUGGGCCAGAAGAUGACAAGUUACAUUUGUUAAUUGGUAUAACUGGGUGUAUUUCCAUUCAUCAAAAUAUUGUCCUUAUAAUUGAAAAAUUAUUUGAAUUGUACACUCAUGACAAGUUGGAAAUUCAAAUCAUACUCACCAAAUCAGCUGAAUGGUUCCUUCUGGAUAAAUUAACCAAACUUGAACAAUUGGGAGUUUCUAAAGUGUGGUUCAGCGAUGAUGGUGAAAAGUAUUUCUUGACUUCACCAUUUCAACAGGCAUAUCUGAAUGCCGCCGCAGCUGGAUCCUUGGGAAAACAUAAACUAACUGCACCUCAAUUAUUACAACAGUAUAGUUUAUCAUACAAGUUGCAACGAUGGACCGAUGUGUUGUUAUUAGCACCACUUUCUGCAAACACGGUUGCGAAAUUGACCACGGGGAUUGCUGAUAACCUAUUAACGGAAUUAUUGCAUGUAUGGCCCAUCCCACAAGUUCCACAACAACAGUCUUCUAUCCCUAUAGCACAACCAAAGCAGGACACAACAGUAAUGUCGUAUAAUAUCUUAUCACCAAAGCCUAUUAUUGCUGCAUUGGCAUUCACAAGUGCUAUGUAUUCCCAUCCCAUAACGAAGAAACAGUUGGCAUUAUUGCAAGAAACGUACCCGAACAUGAGUAUUUUAAAACCGGUGGAGAAAUGCGUCGAUAUCGAUGGUAACAUAUCCAUGGGUGGAAUGAGAACUUGGCGAGAAGUUGUUGAUUUCGUAUGUAAGAAAUUGGGACCUCCUAGUGAACCGGAAGUGGACGAGGAUGACAAUGUAGAUGAAGAGGAGGAGAAUGAUGAGAAGGAUCUCAAGGAGAACGACGAUGACGAUGAGGAAGAUGAAGAUGAAGAUGAAGAAGAUGAAGAUAACGAGGAUAGUUCAAUUCCUGAAUAUCGUCCAGAAGCAAAACCAUCAGUUUCUCCUGUGAUCCCGAAAUCAAGCUCAAAAUCUCCACAGCCCACUAAAGCAAAGUUGGAAAUUCAUGAUGAUGAUGAGAAAUUGGAACCGAUUAUCGAUUCGAGGAAAUCUUCAGCUACAGGAGAAGCAAUAAGUGCCAAUGUUAAAGAACCACAAACUCGCCGUCGAAGUAAUACUAUAAGUAAUAAAGAAUUACAAGAGCAUGAGAAAUUGGCUAGCCAGAAUGCCAUUUUGAAUGCUGGGAUUGGGAUUGGUAUUGCUACCUUGCCUGCCAAAUGCGCAUCUGCAAAUUCCAUAAAUGAUUAA